AGGGCGCCCUACUGAGAUUUGUUUUUAGCUUAGCUGGGACACACGAGUGAAAUUGUAACCGAGGAACAAAAUUAUAAUUUUAAGUAUAUAUUGCUUUUCUCUAAACAUUCUCGCAAACGUCUUGCGCAUCCCCAUCUUUCUGGAGUUAACUUGCUGCCAUGCCGGUGCACCGUGACCGGGAGAAGAAAGAGAUCACAGCAGAGGAGAUGGAGGUGGAGGAGCAGGAGCAAGAGGCGUCCAGCUCAGAGGAGGAGGAUUCUGACACUUCGUCCGUUUCCGAGGAUGGAGACAGCUCUGAAAUGGAUGAGGAGGACUGUGAGCGGAGAAGGAUGGAGUGUCUGGAUGAAAUGACCAACCUGGAGAAACAGUUCACAGAUCUCAAAGACCAGCUGUAUCGUGAGCGUCUCAGUCAGGUGAACAGCAAGCUGUCGGAGGUGGAGGCUGGCCGGGCAGCAGAAUAUCUGGAGCCUCUGGCUGUACUGUUGGAGAACAUGCAGGUCCGCACCAAGGUGGCAGGUAUCUACAGAGAGUUGUGUCUGGAGUCCUUGAAGAACAAGUAUGAGUGCGAGAUCCAGGCUGCAUGCCAGCACUGGGAGAGUGAGAAGCUGCUGCUGUUUGACACAGUACAGAGUGAACUGGAGGAGAAAAUUCGAAGACUGGAGGAAGACAGACACAGCAUAGAUAUUACAUCAGAGUUGUGGAAUGAUGAGUUAUCAGGAAGGAAGAAGAGGAGAGAUGCUUUAAGUCCAGAUAAGAAGAGGAGACGGCCUUCAGUGGUGUCUGGCCCAUAUAUUGUUUACAUGCUCCCUGACUUGGACAUCCUGGAAGACUGGACCGCUAUCCGAAAGGCCGUGGCUACGCUGGGUCCCCACAGAGGGAAGUCCGACUCUGACAGCCCUGUGUUCCCAUUCAGACAAGACAGAAGCAGGCCCAUUCUCAACUGCUGAGGAACACACACAUACCCAUACACACACAUACAAUAGACUAUAUAUAUAUAUAUAUAUAUAUAUAUAUAUAGUUCAGUUCACUUUUGCAAGCAUGAAAAUGACACACAGCUGGACAUUUCUCGGAAUCUUCCCACAAUCCACUACACUCCUCUGCUAACAGUGACACCAGUCGGUAAGCUGCCUCUCGUGCCAACAGACACACAAUAAGGACUCGCAGGUUUAAAUCCCUUUUAAAGGACAACAGGAAUAGAAGCGUUACAUUUGCUGACGAUAGUACCCAGUACUUUUGUUCAGAAUUGGGCUGUCGAUUUCACUUGUUUCUGUUUACUCAGUGGAGAGGUAAGAGAUUUACCUAUUAAAAGUUUCAGUUGAAAAAAAAAAAAUAAAAAAAAAAUAACUUCUGCCAUAACUCAUUUUUGCUCAAACUAUCUAUAUCCUGACAGUAUGACAUGAGACAGUUAGUUAGUUAAUUUGUGGAAAAAAAUCAUGUUCCUCUGCCUCCUCCUGGUGCUCCUAACGGCAUUAGGAAAACAACCAAUCAGAGCCGAGGAGUCUCUACCGCGGUGUCAAUGGCUCGUGAGCUGGUGUCUGUUAGAUGUAAAACGACAAAGUUCCAGCUAAACAGUACACUAAAAUAUGUUUCUGGAAACAUUUAAGUCGUAAUAGGCUAUGCAGUAGCAGAACCUUGAUUCAUAUUCUAUCAGCGCUGCCUAGCUUUACAGUGGGGCCGCAGUUUCCUAGCAGUCAGUCUUGCAGAUGCCUUUAGGAGCACUAGGGGGAGGCAGAGGAACAGAUUAUCUGUCUCAACUACUACUGUCAGGAUAUAGUGACAGUUUCAGCAAAUAUGACAACAAGUUAUUUUUUAUAAAAGUUACCAACUGCAGCUUUAGUGGACAAUAAUAACAUGUUGUUCACUUUUUAAAGAAAAAAUCAAGCAUUGAACUUUUUAUUUGGGGAUACUGGAGCUUUUAGAAUUUUUUUUUUUAUUUUUAUUUUUUUAUUGAGUAUUCAAACCAGUAAGUUACAACCCUGUCAGGUUUUGUUUUCCAGACUCCACAUUAUUCUUUGUAAUUGUAAGCACUGAGAUUAUUGACGAAGCUUCCAAUGACAUAUGGGGAAACGCUGGUUUAUAUAUGAACCCGUUUGAUUGUGCCAUGACCUAUUUAAAAUUGUUGUACUUCUAUGUGAGACUAAUUAUUACUUUUUCUGAUGGUGUUUUGAAUACAGUGGUUAGGUGGUAAUCAUAUGACAUUGUGUACAGUUUUGCACUCCACAGUGCCUACCUUUUUGAAGUUCAUUUCUUGUCACAUCCUUUUGGUUUUGUGAUGCAUCUUGCAUUUUUAAGAGUUACAGUUUGGUUGCUGUAAUUUUGGUUGAGACAAACUUAGUGCUAGCAGUAAUUAAAAUGCUAGAUAAGGCAAAAGAUAUUUCAAGAUUGUGUGUGCAUACGUGACCAAGACAAAACUUAGUCAGUACCUUCAGAAAGGAAUAAUAGUUCCACUUUCCUUAACCAUAUAAAUAUAAUCCAAAUUAUAUAAUAUAAUCCAAAUUACAUUUAUACUGGACUAUUUUAGGCUUCAGCUAACCCUUUUCAAACUGCCAGUGUACUUCCUCAUACCACCAGCUGUGUUGGUGGUGAAAAGAGCAUAGAAAAAAAAUAAAGGGAUAUUUCAGUAGAUCAUAUACAGUUUUCAUGGGAUACCUGGGCAUUUUGAAUCUUUUUUUCCUUAAACUCCUUUAGGAAAACCUAUAUUUUUGUUAAAAUAGCUGGUUAUUUCCAUGUGGAUCGUCAACUAAAGUCAAUUAAUUCCCCUCUUUAAUUACCACUGCAAUUGCAAACCAGUAUCAGUAAUGCAAUGAGUUAUUGUAACAUUAUUAACAAUUAUUUUAUAAUAACUGAGGGGCAGAGGGACUACAGACAACAUAGGAAAAGAUGAAAUACCAAGGUAUCCCUUUAAAGUUGUUAUUCAACAGAUAUUACUGUUACAUUCUCUUCUUACACAUCUACCUCUUCUCUCUCGCUCUUCUCUCAUUCUUUAAAGCAAUAUCCACAUUUGAGUUAUUGCUCAUGAACAUGAAAAUGCUUUUAUUUUUUUUUAAUCUUUAAAAGCCUACUGUGAUGAUGACUAAAGACAGGGAAGGAACCAAACCAUGGCCUUCCAAUCAUACCCCACCACUGAAUCUUCAUAUAUACAACUCCACUGGUUAUAAAGGAGGAUGAACAAACUGCCGUUCCAUAAUAUAGUUUUUAUAAAGAGUUAUUUUGAAGAUAAAAGUGGUGGGGAUGUUAAAUAUUCAAAUCAAUAAUUUGACAGUUUAUGUAAAUACUGUGUCAGGUCCAUUUGUGUCUUUCUUGUUGGUGCUGUGGGUGGGUUUUACAAUUAAAAGUUGUUUUUAUAAGUA